AUGGAAAUUUUGUAGCAAAAGUUUUGCUUUUGUAGAUGAGGAAAAAAAGUUACAAGAAAUAGAUUGCUAUCAAGUGGAUUGAGACAGGACUCAAAACUUGUAUAUCUUGAGGAUAGACUGUGGCUACCGGCACAUUAACACAUGAGGCAAUAUAAAACACAUCAAUGCAUUUACUCAGCAAACAGAUCUCUAGAGAGACCAAAAUAACUAUUUUGUUUGUUUUUCGACCAGGCAGAAAUGAAUAAAGAGAACUGAACGACUGUUAAAGCUCCAGUAUCGCACAACGAGGUUGAAUUUUGAUUUUGGUAAUGCUCCGAGGGGACCGUGUUGUACAUUGUUAUUUUCCUGUUCGCUGUGCACUGAAGCCUGCUUAUCCAGGGGCUGGUUGGAUACAAGUUCAAGCAGAACUCUUAAGGACACAUUUUCCCUUAACUAUGACAUUGACUCUUAAAUGUGUUGAGCUGCUUUGUGCAACACCCUUAGACUCAAGCAACACCGGGGUUUGAGAUCUGACCUCUAAAUCACUGCAGGGAGACAUUUUUUUUAAAAAAAAGCACAAGUGCUCUGGGUUUUCUGUUCACUAUCAGGACAUUAGAGCAGACAUUUGAGAAGAGCUUUGAAACAGACUUUAAAGUUUUUAAGUGUAAAAAGUUGUCAGUUAACAAUGAAAAGACAAACGACAGGUCCGUUACUUAAACAGCUGCAGCAGCACGUGGGAGCGUGGAACGCUGUAUUUUUCAGAAGCCUGCUACUUUUAUAAACAUCUAUAAAAAAAGAUAUAAUGAAAAAGGGAUAUUCCCCCCCACACAAAAAAAAAGCUGUCUCUUUAAUAAGCACAAAUGCUGGUAUUUCUCUGAACCAGAUUCCCCACGCAGAACAUAACACUGCGGGAUCAGUGUUAAAAAUCAAAAAUAAUUGGAGCACCAACAGCACUAUAUUCCCAUUGUUGUAUUACACUGAAAUGCAAUAGUGCAGAACAUGCACCUUUCCAAACAAGUACGUUUUCCCAAAAUUGUUAGACAGAGGUGGUUAGCAUCAUUCGUUAGUCACACUUCAUUCGAAAACAAGGAAAGUACAGGGAGUUUGCCAGCAUAAUACCACGCCUCUGGAAUGAGGCUUUCCCCUAACACUAGUCCGUGCCGACAGAUUCUUCAGUGUGCGUGACUGGACAGACUAUUUGCAUAAAUAUUUGCAGUACCUAGAAAGGCGUUUUCGAGGAAGAAAUCACCUGCAAGGUGUACUGUGCUGUGAAGCCUAGACUGGCAACCUAACUCCAAACAGAAUGAAACUUAUUUAGAUCAAAUCCAGAUUAUAGGGACGGCUAUUUUCUUCUCCACAGAACAUGCAUUUAAAAUCAUUAUAAUUUCUUUAAAUGCACCAAUUAAAAAGACACGGCAGUAAUCAGCACUCUCUACUGUGUUGCAGGGUCGUCUGAGGAGCUGUAAGGGCUCGUCUUGACCUCAAAGAAGUCCAGAUGAAAUUAAUGUAUCUCAACAGCUGUGUAGAGCAAACAGCUCUCUAUUCAAGGGUGAUCGGGAUCAAACGGGAUACUCACCGAUCACUAGAAAUACUUUCCCACUGUUUCCAUUUCCGGACAAUUCCACAACGUGAACCUAACCCUAAAUUGUGCGCUACAUACCUCCAAGGGGACUUGUGGAGACUCUUUCAUUUCUAAAGUGUUCCACAGACAGAAUGUGACUGUUGUUACAAAUGUUUCUGAUCAUCAUAAUUUCAUAAAAGAGCUCUCUUAUAAUUAAUCAGGUAAACCAGGAGGUAGGUUUCCAUCCUAACCUGGUGUUGCAAAUCAGUACAGGAGCUGGCACAGGCUCAGAACUCAUUUCUCAAGAGUAUAAUUCUGCUCCCACUAUCAGAUGAGUAAAAUAACAACACAUUCUUUGAAAAUGUCUCUCCUGAGCAUGGAACUGAUUUACCUUAAUAAGUGCUUCAGUUUCCAGCCUUGCUUCUACCCACAAGACAUCAGAGCUACAUUUGGCGUGAAAGGACAUGCUACCUAACAGCUUUCCUGGGGAAUUGAAACGUGCACACAUGACGUCUUUUGGAAGCACGCUUGUGGGUUUCUCAUUCAUGCAAUUUCUAUAUAAAUAUGGAGGACUCGAGGAUGAGGAGCAAAGAGCUGGAGACUGCAAUCCCACCAGGCUUCCUGCACUCAGAACCACUCCAGCACAGCAGACAUGCUUCACCUCAAGACAAUUCAAAUCUACUGCCUUACAAUGCUGACCUUAAGCGAAUGCAAAAGUAUUCCGCUGAGCUCAAAGUUUACAGGAGACCCAGAGGGGUUCAACUACCAGCUCGUUAACAUCUUAGAAAACAAACUCCCGUUAAACGAGAGAAGCCUGGCUCCCUGGACGUACGAGAACAAUGUUGACCUGAACAGGGUGCCUCAGGUGAUCCAGCAGGCAAAAUGCAACACUUCCCAUCACUGCGUGAUUAGGAACGAGGACCAGGAGACGAAAAUCCACAGCUUGGAAACCAUUCCCUUCUCCGUAAGCAUCCCAGUCCUGAGGAAAAACCAGCAUUCCGAGUACGACCUGGAAUUUGAAACCAUGCAGGUCGCCUGCAUCUGCGUUACCUCCAGGAACUCUGAUCCCAAGAAACUAUCAGAUAUCAUGAGCUGCAUGGCGUGAAAACCAGACUGCUUGUCAAAACCACUCUCAUACAUAUAGCAUCAGAAAACACAUCAUAACAAUAAUAGUAACAACAAUGCAUUCACUGCCUAUCCAUUAGAGAAUUAAAGUUUCAGCGAUGGGUUGUAAAAA